UCAACUACCUGAACCAGUUCGGUGGGGAAACACCGGCCAAACGUCUCGUUAUUUCGCACAAGCGCAGAAAUUUCACCGGUGCAUUAGAAGCGUCAUUAGUUUCAUUGACAGGCCGGUCAUGGCGACAUCUUCAGAGGAGUGCAGGUUUCUGGAUGAUUUGAAGAGAAAACGUGUUAAAAUAACUCUGUUCGAUACUCAAAUCACCGGCGUCAUCAAGCGCAUCACUCAGAAGAAGACCGUGAUUUUAGAGGACGUGUCUGAAGUGAAAAGCGGACGGAAAUUUCCAGGCGUCAAAAUCAUUUUCGGACACGAAAUUCGUAAAGUGGAGUUUACCCAUUCAGCCAAUCAGGACACGCUUGGUAAUGAAGAGUACAAAUCCGAAAUCCACUCGUUCAAGAAGACGGGACUAGAUGAUGUACAUGAGGACUGUGUCAAUUAUGUGGUGAUUGAUGAGCUUCAUGAGAAGUUCGGCCCAGCAGUUAUGCACAUCCAAGCACAAAAAGUCAUCGGGGUCGGCGCUGAUGUUUUUGGACAGACUGCACAAGAGAGACUGUGCUGGCUGCAGGUGGCCACUAAGAAGGUAGUGUACCUGUUUGAUGUCCUCCUGCUCGGUGGACAAGCUUUUAAAAACGGCCUGUCCAUGAUAAUGGAGAAUCCCCACGUCCUGAAGGUGGUUCACGACUGCCGCUGCGUUGCCCGAUGCCUGAAAGCAGAGUUCAGGGUCAACCUCACCAACGUCUUUGACACUCAGGUCGCUGAUCUCAUGCUCUUCUACAACGAGACCGGAGGUUUCCUCCCGGACCGGGUCAGCUCCCUCCAGGAGGUGCUCAGACUUCACCUCAAACUCCCCACGACUGACCUGUUACCUCUGUGGACCAAAGAACUCCACCGCAAGGAGUGUCCUGAGGUGUGGUACGUCCGCCCGUCCACUCCUGCCCUGAUGAACGUCAUGGCCGCCUCUGUCUGUCAUCUUCUCCCUCUGCGCCUCGUGCUUCUCGAUGCCCUGAUGUCAGAUUACACCAUUCUGGUCGAUGCCUUCAUGAGCAGCUACCACAACCAGUCUGUUCAUAUGGAGCAGGGUGAAUGGACGCUCCCUGAGGAAGCGGAGGAGCUGCUGUCAGUGCGGCAGGAGCGGAUGGACUGGGCCGCUCGACGAUACUCUAUGACCGACGCCGGCCUUCUGAAACGCUCCAGCUUCGACACUCAGGCCGACUCUGCGUUUGACAUGGCAUGACAUGUUGUCCAUGUAUCAGUAACUAAUGUUAAAUGACCUGAUAACCCCGUGAGAACUCUUCGUCUGAUAUAGUUGAGCACGUUUGUCAUAUUAUUACUUCCAAAAAGAAGACAAGACUUUUGUUUGAUCUUUUGAUUGAUCUUCACUCAGCUCUACCAUGUGAGGAGUGUUUUUGUAUUACAUGUAAGGCUCUUCUUUAGUUCUGUCGACUUUCUGUUAGUUCUGUUUGUUCAUAGUGUGAAGUGCAUAGUAAUUAAAAGCUUGUUUUUGCUUAA